AUGAUGCUGCUUCUUCAUGUGCUGAUGCUGUCUCUUCUCUCCGGUGGUUCGGCCAGAGUUGUGCAGGAUUUUGAGAGUGAAUGUGGUCAAUUUUUUGCAAAUGGAAAAUCACCAACAAGAUUUCCUGGUCAACAAUACAGGCAGAUCUGCCAAACUCUAAAUAAUGUUUAUUAUUAUGCCACAUUCUAUGACACUGACAACAAGAUCCCCGUGUACUCAGCCUACAAGUUUGAAGGGCUAAAGGGCUGCGUAAGACUAAACAAGUGGUACAUUGAACCUCAACUUGACGACAAUAAUGGAUCACCAAACAUGAACUUCGAGACAGGUGUGAAAAAACAAGGACUUGGAAAGCAUCAAGCUCUCAAUGGAGACUAUGAGAGUUCUCGCUAUGACAGAGGUCAUCUGGCACCAGUCUACCAGGCACAGUCACAGAGCUGUGCUCAUGCCACCUUCACUCUCACCAAUGCUGCUCCACAAAACCCCUCUUUUAACCGAGGCCAGUGGAAGAAACUAGAAAGAAACAUUGCAAAAGAACUGUCUAAUCAAUGUCUACCAAAAAGAUAUACUAUUUACAUUGUGACAGGGGUGGUACCAGGUGCACAGAAAAUUAAAAAUAGAGUGAACGUGCCUAAACAUUUCUGGACUGCUUACUGCUGCUUAGACAACAAUAACAAGUGUCAGAUCUCAAGUGGGUUUAUUGGAAAGAACGAGAACAUUACUCCAAAAAGAAAAACUGUGAAGAAUUUAGAGAAAGAGUUGGCAACACUUUAUAAAGUCACAUCCUUUCAGUUGUUUUAA